AUGAAAGAAAGAAUAAUUAGAGCAAUUUACGAUGAUACCACAAUCACUCUUUAUCAAGCAUUCAAUUCCGUUAUUGGAAGAUAUGCAGUGAAGAAUCAAUCGUUUAUAGGAUGUCCCGGUUUUAAGAUCGAUCGUAUGACAUGGGUUAAACCAUCGUUUCUCUGGAUGAUGUAUCGUAGUGGCUGGGCAACCAAACACAACCAAGAGUGUAUUCUUGCAAUAAGAAUAAAGAGAGAAGGCUUCGAAUGGGCUCUACAGAAUUCAUCGCUGUCACAACACCUCUCGAUAUCUGCAGAGCAAAGAGAGGAACAUCGUGAGCAGCUACUCUCGCAACCCGUUCGCAUACAAUGGGAUCCAGAGAAAGAUAUCGACCUCAAAGCACUCCCCUAUCGAUCGAUUCAAAUCGGUCUAUCCGGUGUUGCUGUCACCAAGUAUCUCAAUGAAUGGAUCGUAUCAAUCGAAGACAUCACACCGAAAUGCAAAACAAUCUAUCAACUCUUGGCCACCCACCAAAGAGAAGAAGCAUUAAGACAACUACCUCAAGAAUCAAUUUAUAAUAUAGAUAAUCAUCAUAUUGAAAUACAUAUUAACUUAAGUGUUUAA